AUGAAUACUUCACCGAAAGAUUCUGUAGAUCUAAUAAUAAAUCUAUUUUCGUUAGGUAAUGCAUUGUUAAUUGGUGUUGGUGGCAGUGGAAAACAAUCUCUGGCUCGUUUAGCAGCUUUUGCAUCAUCACUUGAUGUCUUUCAAAUAACAAUCAAACCAAAUUAUGGAAUAAAUGAUUUUAAAACUGAUCUAAAUAAUCUCUAUCGUCGUGCUGCUGUAAAAGGUCUUCCGUGUGCAUUUCUAUUGUCUGAUGCACAAAUAAUAGAUGAACAUUUUCUUGUUUAUAUAAAUGAUUAUUUAUCAUCCGGUGAAAUAUUUGGUUUAUUUACUGAUGAUGAAGUUGAAGAAAUUCUUAAUUCUCUACGAUCUGAAGCUAAAUCACAAGGUUAUAAUGAAUCAAAAGAAAAUAUAUGGAAAUAUUUUAUUGAUAAAGUACGACGAAAUCUUAAAAUAGUUAUGUGUUUUUCACCUGUUGGAAAUAUAUUACGUAUACGUUCACGUCGUUUUCCAGCAUUAUUCAGUGGAACAAUUAUUGAUUGGUUUCAUUCAUGGCCAAGGAAUGCACUUUAUUCAGUUGUUGUUCGUUUUCUUGAUGAUAAUAAAUUAUUAUCUAAUGAAAUACGUCAUGCUAUAGCUAAUUUUAUGGCUGAUAUACAUAUUGAUGUAAAUCAAACAUCAAUACAAUAUUUUACAAAUGAAAGACGAUCUUAUUAUACAACAUCGAAAACAUUUCUUGAAUAUAUAAAAUUUUUUCAACAUAUUUAUGAAAAUAAACAAAUGAAAAUUGAACUUGAAAUUGUUCGAAUUUUAGCUGGAUUAGAAAAGCUUGGUUCAAUAUCUGCACAAACUGCUAUUUUACAAGAAGAUUUAAAAAUUACAACAGAUGAAGUGAAUAUAAAAGCAGAAAAAGCAGAAAUUGCAUUGAAAAUAGUUACAGCUGAAGCAGAUAAAGUUGCAAAAGAAAAAUCAUUUGCUGAUGAUGAACGUCGAAAAAUUGAAACAAAAAAAGCAGCUGUUGAAAAAGUACAAGCUGCAUGUGCAAUGGAAUUAGCUAAAGCUGAACCUGUACUCGAAGCAGCAAAAUUGGCACUUGAGAAUAUUGAAAAAGGACAAUUAACGGAAUUGAAAUCUUUUGCAUCACCACCAGAAACUGUUAAAUUUGUAAUGAAUAUGGUUGUUGUACUUUUUAAAUGGGUUGAUGAAAAUCGAAUUAUUCCUGAAAGUCAACGAACAUGGACUGAAGCAAAAAAUACUAUUGGACCAGUAGAGAAAUUUUUACAACGUCUGAAAAAUUUUCAAGUUGCUAAAGUAAUUACAUCAAUGUCGUUUAGUUUAUUUUCAUAA